AUGGCGGGCAACAAUGCAGCUCCCCCUGCUCCUGCUGACUUUGACCUUGACUUGGACUUUUUGGCUGGAUUAUCAAAUGUCAGCAGCAAUAACAACAAUCAGCAGUUUGUUUUUCCAAUGCAAAGCACUACUAGCAGUACAUCGUCGCAUAUCCCUGCUGCGUAUCCGCCUCUGGGAUAUGAUGGAUUCCUAAACAAUCGGAUGCAGCCAUUGAAUACUAGCAGAACAAGCUCACCGUCUCUGACUCAUGGAACUACCAAUGGCGUGCCGCUCCUGCCUCGUCAGCAACAACAGAAUUUUGGAUUUGUAAACAGCAAUCAGCAGCAGCAACCAAUGCAACAGCCGUCACCACCACAACCAUAUCAGAUACAAAAGAUCCAACGAUCUAGUAAUCCAUUAACUCCAACCAUGCCCACUUCAACUUCUCCAAUAACCGUCUCCUCAUCCCCAUUAAGCUCGUCACGACCUGCACCAGCUGCAGCAUCAUCCGACGUAAUCGACCUAACAGACGGAGAAGACGAUCUUAUGCUCUCAGUUCUCUCAAACCUAGCCGCCAGUGUCCCCAAACGUCCCAUCGACGCAUCUGCUCGGCAGUCACCACGGCCAGCCAAACGCCGUGAUACUAGAGACGUGCCUCCUCCUUCUCGAAGCAAUAGCAGUACCAACAAUAGAAGUGUGGAAGAGAUUGAUUUGACGGAUUUCAGUACGGGUGAAGAAGCAUUGCUCAAGGCUCAACUUAGAUUUGCGAAGAUGAAGGAGGAGCAGAUUGUGUGUUAUGGGCUUAUGACUGCCACUGUACAGAAUUUAAAUCAGACGGCUUAUAAUGAGGCGUGUGGCACGGAACGCGAGAUGCCUGUUACGCUGAAGCCGGUUAGAAAGCUUGGUGACCUAUGGGACUUUGACGUGUAUAGUCCAAGAGGAGUAAAGCUUGGCCGUAUCGAUCCUGAUUCAGCCAACCUUAUGGGACCUCUUUACAAUACCAGGAUGAAAUUUAUUGCCAGCAUCCCAAAGACUGUUCACAAUGUUUACUCAGCCAGUCUUAACAUUAUAAUAAUGGGACCACGAGAAAAGACAGGUCAAGUCGGUCGUUUCAUGGUUGCUGGUAAACGACUCUUGCGAGUUCCAGCUCGAAUUCCUCAUGGAAUGGAACUCGCCUAUCCUCAUAACGAAAAUCCAAAUCCAUAUCACGUGCAAUAUGCUUCGAGUGCGGGACAAUCGUCAUCUACAGCUGCUGUUGAAGAAGCUAGAAAUCAAAUUGAGCAGGUUUAUAAUAGUUUGACGUCUGUUGAAGAGUGGGAUGAGGCUGAACCAGAUACUAGACUCACUUCCAAACUAUAUCCACAUCAAAAACAAGCUUUACGUUUCAUGAUGGAUCAUGAGCUUAAUGAAAAAUAUACAAAUGCACUGUGGAAGCAGCGUGCCAAUAGUGAGAUAUGGGAUCAUAAAAUCACGAAUGAGAAUCGCAACACUCCUCCACGAGCCAUGAUGGGUGGUAUACUCGCUGAUGAUAUGGGUCUUGGAAAGACAAUUGAGCUCAUCUCACUAGUUUUGACGGCACGACCUCCUAACGACCUGAUCAACAUGGAUCUUGACGACACAGAUAGCUCAGAUGAGGAAGAUUCAGACUUUGCUUCAUCUGAUAACGAUACAGGAACUAGCGCACCAGCAACCUUUUCUGUGCUCUUUCCUCAAGCCAAUAAUAACAAAAACAAAAAGAAGAAGGAACCACCACCAGUUACACAUCCCAAACCAAUCAGGUCUCGAGCAACACUGAUUGUUUGUCCAUUAUCGACAGUCUCGAAUUGGGAGGAUCAGAUAAAUCAGCAUGUUAAAACGGGUGAAUUGGAUGUUGCUGUGUAUCAUGGUGCUGGGAGAUGUAAUGAUGCAGAGUUGUUGGCGGAUCAUGAUGUGGUCUUGACAACGUACAAUCUCCUAUCGAUUGAAUUCAACAAGGACAUCAAGAAUAGUGCUGCUGCUGGCGCCACUGCUGCAGCAAAUGGAAGCGGGCGCCCAUGUGUGACCCUGUCACCACUACAAUCUAUAUAUUGGUAUAGAGUUGUGCUGGAUGAAGCACAUAUCAUCAAGGAACCCAAGACGGCUCAGGCUAGAGCAGCGUGUGCUUUGAAGGGUGAUCGGAGAUGGUGUUUGAGCGGUACCCCCAUUCAGAACAGACUUGAUGAUUUGUUUUCACUUCUCAAAUUUUUGGGACUUGAACCAUUCAAUAACAAGAAUGUUUGGAAUAACAGUAUUUCGAAACUCAUCAAGUUUGGAAGUACUAAUGGGUUGGGCGAAUCACGACUUCAGACCUUGAUGAAAUCUAUAACCCUCCGCCGAACAAAGACUCAAAAGAUAAACAAUCAACCAAUCCUCAACCUCCCACGCAAAAACGAACGCACAAUAGCAUUAGAAUUAGAUCCGACUGAACGAGCGCUAUAUGAUCGAGUGGCUGUACGAGCUAAAGAUUUAUACAAGUCAUUAGAAGCGGAAGGACAAGUUAUGAGGAAUUAUGUACAUUUGCUAGAAGUUAUUUUGAGAUUGCGACAGAUUGCUACACACACUGGGUUGGUGAAGGAGGAGGAUCUCAAGAUUGAACCAUUACAAGAAAGUAACAUGCCAUUAACACAAGAUCGAGCCAUGCAAAUCUAUAACUUAUUGAAAGAAUCUGGAGAUGAUCUAUGUUGUGUUUGUGCAAUUGUUACUGAUGGAACGAAUGGGCUGCCUGUGAUUUCACGAUGUGGUCAUUUGUAUUGCGAUACAUGUGUGCAAGCUCAACUGAAGAAUGGCAAUCCAGUCUUUAUAUGUCAGAUGUGCAAGUCGCCAUUGACUACAGGGGACAUGUGCAAUCUUGGUGGUAACGCGAAUACAGACGAAGCCGCUGAUAAUGGUACUGUUACCGUCAAUGGUGGUGGUGCUAGCAGUAGCAGCGGAGGACAACAACAGCAAACAAUACCAUGUCAACCACCAGCAUCUUCUAGCAAUAGCAUGAUGAUCAACAAUCUUGUAAACUCAUCUUCACUAUUGUCGUCGUCGAUAGACUUGACUUUGGAUGAUGUUGAUUUUGCAGCUAUAUAUGCACAAGCAACUGCUGAAAGUAAUGGUGGCAUACCGCCGGCAGACAAUGAUGAUGAUGGUUUGGCAGCACUAGUGCAAGCCACCGCCGAUUAUAAUAAUGCAGCGCUAGUAUCCAACAAGAACAACAAUUCCACAGUCGGUGGAGUAGGAGGACUGAAUAAUGACCUUCAAAUCCCAGGCACGAGUACCAAAGUACGAGGACUCUUAGCCGAUCUCACAAAAGCCCGUACUGAAGCUUUAAACCGUAACGAGACACCUCCUAAAUCCAUCAUAUUCUCACAAUGGACUGGUAUGUUAAACCUACUUGAUGGGCCAUUACGACAAGCGGGGUUUGGAAUUGUGCGCCUUGAUGGCAAGAUGGCUCGAACUGAUCGAUCUAAAUCACUGGAUCGAUUAAAUCAUGAUGAUAAUGUAAAUGUCAUGCUGGUGUCGCUGAAGGCCGGAGGUGUUGGAUUGAAUUUGACUGCUGCGUCACGAGUAUAUAUAAUGGAGCCGUAUUGGAAUCCCGCUGUUGAGCAACAAGCUGUUGAUCGUGUGCAUCGGUUGGGCCAGAAGAAGGAGGUUGAGUGCUUUAGGAUUAUUAUAAAGAAUACCAUUGAGGACAAUAUCCUAGAAUUACAAAAGCGCAAAAUGAAGCUUGUAGAUAUUACGUUUGCCGAUGCUGGUGGCAAGGGUAAGAAGGGAGGACGUGGUAAACAAGAUAAAGAGCAACGCUCGGCUCAGCGUUUGGAGGAAUUGAGGAGUUUGCUUAUGGGCUAG